UUGUAAAGAAAAUCAAUGUAUGUGUUUCAGAUCCAUCCUAGAUACCUGAGCACUAAUGCAACUAUCCACACCUGGGCCUUUAGUGCGAUUGCUGAACUAAUAGACAACGCAUAUGACCCUGAUGUGAAAGCUAAGGAACUUCGGAUUAGCAAACGACAAAUUCAAGGCAAAGUUUGUCUCACGUUCGUGGACAAUGGAAAUGGCAUGACUCCAGAGACUCUUCACAAUAUGAUGAGCUUUGGAUUUAAUGAUAAGGAAAAGUUUGCCACCCCACGUCAUCAGGCUAUUGGACGAUAUGGCAACGGUUUCAAGUCUGGCGCAAUGCGCCUGGGUAAAGACGCCAUAGUGUUUACCCGUCAAGUGACCACCAUGAGUGUGGGUCUCCUGUCACAAACCUAUCUCAACAACAUCAAUGCAGAGACUGUACGUGUGCCCAUUGUCACAUGGAACCUAUCUGACAAAACGAAACGUCUCGAUCCAAGUGUGACCGCCAGUCUGGAUGCUAUCCUGAAACAUUCUUCAAUAUUUAAAACUGAAGCGGACUUAUUGAUAGAGCUGGCUGAUAUUGAAAGGACUGGUGGGACAACAAUUAUCAUAUACAAUCUUAAUUGCAGGUCAGGUGAAAUGUUGGAGUUGGAUUUUCAAAGUGACCCGUCAGAUAUCAGAGAUCCCGAUACACACCUGAAAGACACCAAUGCAGAAGAAACCGCCACCAUCACUAACCAUCAGAAACGUCGUUAUAUGGUGUCACUCAGGGAAUAUUGCAAAAUAUUGUACCUAAAGCCAAAAAUGAAGAUAUGGAUACAAGGAAAGAAGGUGAGGACGCUGCUUAUCCGAAAGUCUCUCAGAAGGAGUCAAGAAGACACCUACAAACCUUCGUGGGCUCCAAAUAAAAUUCCAAUUACAUUUGGAUUUGCGUCGACGCGUUUUGACGAUUAUGGAGUGAUGCUGUACCACUACAACCGCCUGAUACUAGCCUAUGAGAAACUAGGAUGCCAAAAACAGACAAACGGCUUUGGAAAUGAUGUGAUUGCUGUGGUGGAGGCCGACGCUCUUGAAGUCAUAAACAACAAACAGGACUUCAUCCGUGAUGCCAAAUACAGCACCUUAAUGGAUAAUAUAUCAAAAAAACUGAGAGAUUAUUGGAACGUGAAAAAAGGCAAUGCUGUCGACAUGGAGGAUACGCUGAAAAACAAUGAUGAGCCCUUUGGCAAUUGGGUCCAGUGUGAUAACUGCAAUAAAUGGCGGCGCCUGCGCAAUGGAGUACAAGCAGAAGAUCUCCCCUUAAAAUGGUAUUGUCGCAAUAAUGAAGACCCCCAAUACAAUCGUUGUGACAUAGAGGAGGAAGAAGAGACCGAAGAUGUCGAGGAAGAAAAAAGACGAAAGUACAGGAAAAUGAAGAUGAACCAACAACGAUUACAACGGGAGAAGUCAGGAACGCAAUCAAGGCAAUCAUUAGUGAACAACCUUAACAGAAGUCAAACAGUAAAUGAAAGUAUGGAUCAACCGGAGAACAUCCUUGCUUUAACAGGAGAGCCUUUAAGAUUACAAAUCAAGCAAAUAUUGGUGAAUAACGAUAACAGAAGUCAAACAGUUAAUAAAAGAAUGCCUCCACCGGAAAACAAACCAGAAUCAAACGAAGGAGAGACUUUAAGAGCACACAUCCAACAGUCAUUGGCGAACAAUCCUAGAAGUCAAAACGUCAAUGAAAGUAUGGAUCAAGCGGAGUCAUUCCCUGAAUCAGCAGGACAGACACCACGAAUAGAACAGCAACCAUUGAAGGGCUUUAGCAGAAAACGGAAUGCCAUUGACAAAACCUUUGGAUCAGUUAAAACUGAGGACGUAAUGGACUUUUCUUCAGCAGUGACAGCAUCUCCAAGGAAGAUGAACCAACAACGAUUACAACGGGAGCUUUUAAGAGCACAAAUCCAACAGCCAUUGGCAAACAAUCCUAGAAGAAGCCAAAACGUCAAUGAAAGUAUGGAUCAACCGGAGUCAUUCCUUGAAUCAGCAGGACAGACACCAAGAAUAGAACAACAGCAACCAUUGAAAGGCUUUAGCAGAAAACGGAAUGCCAUUGACAAAGCCUUUGGAUCAGUUAAAACAGAGGACGUAAAGGACUUUUCUACAGCAGUGACAGCAUCUCCAAGCUCUUGCCGUAAUGAAGCUAGUAGGAAGGACACACCAGCUAAACGACCGAAGCCAUCUAAUGUAGGCAUAAAUCAAAUUACGCCUACGAUGUACCCAAUUCCGCAGGAGGAUGAACAAGUAAUGAUGUUGCGUAACUUUUGCGAUGCUGAAACACAAACAAAGGAAAUGAUCCGAAUGUGCAAUAAAGAGUGUAUGAAGAUUGACGAGGAAUUGCAUGGGAAAAUAGAGAGAGAGAAGAAGAAAACAGUGGACAUGGAAAAAAAGGUGACGGAGGCCAUGCAAAAAGUGGAUGAAACUAAUGGAAAGUUAGAAGAGGCCAAUAUAAAGGUAGAAAAGGCUGAACGAAAGAUAGAAGAGUCUUAUAAAGAGAAAGAACAGGCUAAUAAAGAGAAAGAACAGGCUAAUAGAAAGUUAGCAGAGGCUAAUAGAAAGUUGGAAGGUGCCAAUAGAAAGGUAGAAGAGGCUGGUAAAAAAAUAGAGGAAUCGUUGAGAGGAGCAGAAAUUAGCCAGAAAAAGGUAGCUAUGGCAGGAAGACAACUUCAGGAGGCAGCACGAAAGGUAACAGAUGCAGGAAUCAGAGCAGAUUCAUUUGAAUCACGAUUGAGAGAAUUUCGGAGGAAUGUGUAUACAUUUCUGCAGGGAAAUGCCACGGGUGAUAUUGGCACAGAGGACGCAGUGGAAGAUUUAAUCUUGGCAAUUAUUACUGAUGGUCAGCGAUAGCUGUUUUCUAAACAAUUGAUGUUGUGUAUGGCGUUGGGUCAUUGCUUCUGAUCAAACAGUGAAGAAUAUUUUACAUAAAUGUUAUUUUAUGUUUAUAAUAUAUACUAAGCAAGUUUUGGUGUAAAGCUUCGAGUAUAUUGACAUGUAGUCGUAUAUUUUGUGAACAAAGAAUGAAUCAGGAUAUAUAAUAUUUCAAAAUCAACUCGAACGAUUACGUCUAAGAUCAGUGUUACACUCCUGUUUGACCUUUGCUGUCAGUUUAUGCCGGCAUACUAUAAGAGCGCUCGACAAUGUAGGCUAUUAUGGUGAAAAAUACACUAAAAGUUCAUUGGAUAAAAAUGAAGAUGAAAUAGAAUAAGAGAAAGUGUUCCAAACAAUAGUAUAUUGAACAUUUAUGAGUUUUUGCUCACUUAUUGGGAAUAAACUAAAGUUUUAAAUUACCACUGACAAAGUACGGUUUAGCGGAAUAAUAUUAUACAUUGUUCUUUUACUUUCGAUUCUUCUUCCAACUAUAUGAAUACAAACAUUCUGACAUUCCUCGGACAAGAUGUCUCUUUACCGAAUAUGUCAGCGUUAAUGAAAUGGACAAUAUAAACAGUAAAAGGUGGAAUAAGCGGAUUAAUCAGUUACCCGACUAAUUAUUUAACGAAACUAAUGGCUACUUCGCUGUUAAAGUUCCCGGACGUAGCCUACAUCACCACAACACAAGUACCCUUAUCAUUGGAAAAUAAGAUGGCUAUGAACCUUAAUUGACAUGACUAAACGUGUAUAUAUAGCAAAGGUUGAAAUGUACGUUGAUUUGUUAAAAAGAUUUUUCUCAUUUGCAUUAUUUAAAAAAGAACUCAAUUCUUAUCGCAAUUCAACAAAAGCUGUAAUUAACAAACGCGCAAAACUCAGAAAUGACAUCUGAUGUAAAUUCGGUAACAUAAGAGAACUUUACUUUACGUUAUUUCAAUACGUGCCUCCUGAAUAAUCUUCUGUCUGAUGGGUGAUGUUCGUGUUAAAAACCAUCAUGAAGCUUCUGUGAAAUAUUUCUAAGGUUUUUGAUAGUAACUAUGUCUAGAUAAAAGCAAAUUUACGACUUAAACUAUUAUUAAAAUCAUUGUAUUUUUCUCCAAAGAGCAUUUCGUUUCCAGAAAAGCUCCCAAUCUUUGUAAACUAUUAAUUUAUCUUGAGAUUGAAUGAUGACAAGUUUGAAAAUAUACUCAUACAAUGUAUCUGUAUGCUACACAACUCAUUUUUCGAAGGUCAAUCAUUAUUUUGUUGUAAUUCCAUAUAAUUUUACACCACUGCAGAGAUCAUUUCUUUUCAACAUUUUUUUUAAAAUUCAAAAUGGCAUUUUAAAAAGACAUACAGCAGGUAAUGCCUAUAUCAGUUAUCUCCUGUAGAAGCAGCAGGGUUGCAUUUGUAUGAUUAACAGAUUUGAAUGCUCAAGUGAUGGUAUAGGGGAGAUAACUCCAAUGUUUUUAGCUGUUACAGGUCAGUCUGUGCUGAAUCUUUACCUCAUCAGGGUAAUAGACCAUAUAUUGUCCAUCAUCAUUCACUAUAGGUAAUCCCUAGGAUUUCAAGAUCCACACAAAGUGACCUGUGGUUAAUGAAAUAUUAAAUUGAUAGACAAUUAACUAUGUAUCUGUAGGGUAUAUUCGCACUGCGAACUGUGUUAUAUUAAAACACAUUAUACAAUUAUAUCUUAGCUAAUUAAUUCUUGAUAUUUUGUUUCAUGCACUUGUCCAUGUUGAGGUAUGGGGUGAGCAUACU